GUAAACAUUCAGCGAGGAAGUGCGCGAGGACGCACGGAUUGAACUAUAUAAACAUUGAGAUUUGUGCGAUUCGCUGAUUAAGUUUACCGGGUGAAAAAAAUGUUGAAAGUAUCUCCGACACUCAGUUGCCAAACAUCAGUUCAGUUUUAAAGAACUGUUAUAUUAACAAAUAUUUGCGACUGCAAUGACUAACGCCAAUUUACAGAAAGCCAUUGACUUGGCCAGCAGAGCCUCGGACGAAGACAAGGCGAAAAACUACGAGGAAGCUCUGCGCCUCUAUCAACAUGCAAUACAGUAUUUUCUACAUGUGGUGAAGUAUGAAGCUCAGGGAGAAAAAGCCAAGCAGAGCAUCAGAGCAAAGUGUGCUGACUAUCUGGACAGAGCGGAGCAGCUGAAGCAAUAUCUGAAGAAGAAAGAGAACACACCGCCAUCCAAGCCUGUGAAGGUUCCCCAGUCUGAUGAUAAAGGGAAUGACAGUGAUAAUGGCGAUUCGGAGAAAAAGAAAUUCCAAAAUCAACUCCAAGGUGCCAUUGUCAUGGAGAAACCCAACAUUAAAUGGGAUGAUGUUGCUGGUUUAGAGGGAGCAAAAGAGGCCCUCAAAGAAGCUGUCAUCCUGCCAAUUAAAUUCCCCCAUCUUUUCACAGGGAAACGGACUCCAUGGAGGGGGAUUUUACUCUUUGGCCCUCCAGGGACAGGAAAGUCCUAUCUGGCUAAAGCAGUAGCUACUGAGGCCAACAACUCCACCUUCUUCUCCAUUUCUUCUUCAGACCUGGUGUCCAAGUGGCUGGGAGAGAGCGAGAAGUUAGUGAAGAAUCUGUUCAGCUUGGCUCGGGAGAAUAAACCAUCCAUUAUAUUCAUUGACGAGAUUGACUCGAUGUGCGGUUCGAGAAACGAAAACGAGAGUGAAGCAGCCCGCAGGAUCAAGACGGAGUUUCUGGUCCAGAUGCAAGGCGUUGGCAGCGACAACGAAGGAAUUCUGGUUCUUGGAGCAACCAACAUACCCUGGACACUUGAUUCUGCCAUUAGAAGAAGGUUUGAGAAACGCAUCUACAUCCCUCUUCCUGAGCAGCAUGCUCGCACCUCUAUGUUUAAGCUCCACUUCGGCUCCACCCCCAGUAGUCUUAACGAAACUGAUUUUGUCACACUCGGGAAGAAGACCGAUGGCUACUCUGGUGCUGACAUUAGCAUUGUAGUUCGGGACGCCCUCAUGCAGCCCAUUCGCAAAGUUCAGUCUGCAACUCACUUUAAAAAGGUCAAAGGAAAUGCAUGGAACAACCCUGAUGUCAUCGUGGAUGACCUCUUGACCCCCUGCUCUCCAAACGACCCCAAUGCGAUACAGAUAACCUGGGUAGAUGUGGCGAGCGACAAACUCCUAGAGCCGAUAGUUAGCUUGGAGGACAUGUUGAGGUCGCUUGAGAGAACCAAGCCCACCGUUAAUGAGGCGGAUCUGGAGAAACUGGAGAAGUUCACAGAAGACUUUGGCCAGGAGGGGUAAACCAAGAGAAUUGACUUAAGUCAUUGGAAAUUAUAUGAAUUCCUCAGAACUGUGGCAUUUAUUUAUAUUUUGUCAAUGAAUGUGUUUACUAUGCCACAAAACAGGGGUGUUGCUUCAUUUUUGUGUGUUUUCCCAGAUUAUACAACCAAGCUGCUUCUGCAACUUUUGUUUGUGUUUUGUUUUUAAAUCUGUCAUAUUGGUCGAUCUUUGACCAUGUAUUAAUAUCCUGAACAUAACCGAUUUAAUGGUUAUGACUUCAGGUUUGAUUUAGCAUCAGAUAUUUUUAACAAGACUUUUGAAAAGACUUUCAGUGCAACUUUUUGUAUUUGUAUGUUUGUUAGUUAUUUAAAUGCAUGUGCCUUAAUAGCUGGUCUGUUUUUACACUGUUAAAUAAAAAGACCAACUAUUAAAUAAAUGCACAAAUAAAGUUUAGGACAAAAUGAAAGAUGUUCAGUGGGUAGCGAUAAAAUGUUUACAAACUGUAUGUGCGUUCGGUAAUGGAUAAAAUCUCAGUCUUUUCUUUGCAAACUCUUUGAAGAUUGUUUAUUUUUCUACUUUGAUGUUUUCCUACUUAUUAAAUUUACAA